CAUCAAAAACCACCCAAUCCACCGCCUCUCAAUUACCCACUCUCUUAUCCACCCUCCAUCUCUUCCUUCUUACACUGCAUUCAGUUGGAGUCUGGGAGUAUCAUUUCAUCAUUGGCAAUUUCUCAUACACACAUCUCCUCCCACAUACACAAUGCAGCGCGCUUUCGCAUCCCGAGCGCGGUCUUCCGUCCUCAACUCCAGCUCCAAGCUCCGCAACUCCAGCUUCAACCUCCAGCAGCAGCGUUUCGCCCACAAGGAGCUCAAGUUUGGUGUUGACGGUCGUGCCUCUCUUCUCCAGGGUGUUGACACACUCGCAAAGGCUGUUUCGACAACGCUCGGUCCCAAGGGCCGCAAUGUCUUGAUCGAGUCCAGCUAUGGCUCCCCCAAAAUCACCAAGGAUGGUGUAACCGUUGCCAAAGCCAUCACUCUCCAGGACAAAUUCGAGAACCUCGGUGCCCGUCUCCUCCAGGAUGUUGCUUCCAAGACAAACGAGGUUGCCGGUGACGGUACCACUACCGCUACUGUCCUUGCCCGUGCCAUCUUCUCCGAGACCGUCAAGAACGUCGCUGCCGGAUGCAACCCCAUGGAUCUCAGGCGUGGAACUCAGGCUGCUGUUGAGGCUGUCGUCGAGUACCUCAAGGCCAACAAGAGGGAUAUCACCACUAGCGAGGAGAUCUCUCAGGUCGCUACCAUCUCCGCCAACGGCGAUACCCACAUUGGCAAGCUCCUCUCCAAUGCCAUGGAGAAGGUCGGCAAGGAGGGUGUCAUUACCGUCAAGGAGGGAAAGACUAUCGAGGACGAGCUUGAGAUCACCGAGGGUAUGAAGUUCGACCGUGGUUACAUCUCCCCCUACUUCAUCACCGACACCAAGGCCCAGAAGGUCGAGUUCGAGAAGCCUCUUAUCCUCCUUUCCGAGAGGAAGAUCUCCGCCGUCCAGGACAUUGUUCCUGCUCUCGAGGCCUCCCAGCAGCUCCGCCGUCCCCUUGUCAUCAUUGCUGAGGACAUUGAUGGCGAGGCUCUUGCUGUCUGCAUUCUCAACAAGCUCCGUGGUCAGCUCCAGGUCGCCGCCGUCAAGGCUCCCGGCUUCGGUGACAACAGGAAGUCCAUCCUCGGUGACAUUGCUGUCUUGACCAACGGUACCGUCUUCAGCGAUGAUCUUGACAUCAAGCUCGAGAAGGCCACUCCUGAUCUCCUCGGAUCCACUGGCUCCAUCACCAUCACCAAGGAGGACACCGUCAUUCUCAAUGGUGAGGGUACCAAGGACAGCGUUGCUCAGCGCUGCGAGCAGAUCCGUGGAGUCAUCGCUGAUCCCACUACCUCUGAGUACGAGAAGGAGAAGCUCCAGGAGCGUCUUGCCAAGCUCUCCGGUGGUGUUGCCGUCAUCAAGGUUGGCGGUGCCUCCGAGGUUGAGGUCGGUGAGAAGAAGGACAGGAUUGUUGACGCCUUGAACGCCACCCGUGCUGCCGUUGAGGAGGGUAUCCUCCCCGGUGGUGGUACUGGUCUCCUCAAAGCCUCUGCCAACGCCCUCAACAACCUCAAGCCUGCCAACUUCGACCAGCAGCUCGGUGUCAGCAUCGUCAAGAACGCCAUCACCCGCCCUGCCAGGACCAUCGUCGAGAACGCUGGUUCUGAGGGCUCCGUCAUUGUUGGAAAGCUCACCGAUGAGUUUGCCAGCGAUUUCAACAAGGGAUACGACAGCGCCAAGGGCGAGUACGUUGACAUGAUCUCUGCUGGUAUCCUUGACCCCUUCAAGGUUGUCCGCACUGCUCUUGUUGAUGCCAGUGGUGUCGCUUCUCUCCUCGGUACCACCGAGGUCGCCAUCGUUGAGGCCCCCGAGGAGAAGGGCCCACCUGCUGGUGGCAUGGGAGGAGGCAUGGGCGGUAUGGGCGGUAUGGGAGGCAUGGGCUUCUAAAUAACGACUUAACGGCCCAUCAAAGAUUUCCUAACGCCCCCGGCUCCCACUAUACCCGCUUCUAGCACUCGAGGCUUUCCCAGACACCUGUAUUUUUACAUGGUAUUGGCACUCCGCUCCUCUCCUCUUCAUGUCUUAAUGUCUUAUCAAAAAAGCGUAGCAUUGUGAUUUCACAUUCUUGGAUUAUCCUUUUGUACAAUAUCAUGUAUUAGGUAUCUACCGGCCUGGGAAAAGGCGAGACUCUUGAAGUCGAAAUAAAUGCAAAG